AUGGAUGGACACUUAGAACUUAGCAAGGAGGAUGAAGACCAAUUUGUUGGUGAAGAAGUGGAAAAAGAAGAACAAAAGGUCCCUGUGUCAAGUGAAAGUGCAAUGAAGGAUGAGGAACAUGAGCCAAGGAUUCCAUGUCCACAGAGGCUAAUUGAAGAAAGCAGAGAAGUUCCAAAUUCUGAAGGUCAAGACAAACAGACUAUCAGAAGGUUGAGAAGAGAAGUCAGAGGGAAGAAUACUAUAGGAGAAGAAGUCUCUACAGAAGAAGAACAUCAUGACAUGAAGCCCCCACUCAUUACACUAAUCAAGAACAAUUGUUCCUAUGGCAGAAAUCCAUUGGAGGAUCCUAAACAGCACAUAUCCACUUUUCUGAAGUCUUGUGGUGCUAUCAAACCCGAUGGUAUAGAUCAUGACACCUAUAAGCUCUUGUUAUUCCCCUUCUCACUAAGGGGUGAAGCUGCACAAUGGCUUGAAACCUUUCCCCAAAGAAGUAUCACUAGUUGGGAUGAUUUGGUUACCAAGUUUCUGGCCAAAUUCUCCUCAUCCCAACAGAUCAUCAAGCUGAAAGAGGGGGUACAUCCAUUCACACAAGGAGAAGAAGAACCACUCUUCAAGGCAUGGGAAAGAUACAAGAAGGCAAAUGACAAAAGAAUCUCGGACUUGGAAACGAUGAUAAAGAAACUCAUGGAAGUUCAAGUCCAUGAGACCAAAAACCAUAUGGAUGCAUAUAAGAAGCUUGAAGAACACAUACUGCUAUUGGCUCAUCAUUUUUCAAAAACAACCAAGAAGGGGGAAAUCCCUUUCAACAUCACUGAAAACAGACCAAAUAACAACGAAAAUGCUACAAAAAGGGAAGAAUGGAAAAAGAUCAUAGAGGAAAGUAAGAAAAUCUUGGACAAAGAAAGUACCAGCCAAGAAAAACACAACAAGGAAGUCCUACAAGGAGAGACAGAGGAUAGAAUUAGAGAAGAUCAGAAAAUCCCUACUAAGAAAUUUUCACUAGGGGAUAAAGUACUGCUAAACAUUCAAACCAUGAAGGUGUCCCCACAGCUGUCUGAUCACUAUAUUGUGACUAAGAUCCUUCCACGGAAAUUCAUAGAGGUUAUCAAAGAGAACACUGGAAGGAAGUUCACGGUAAAGAAAGACAAGCUAAGGCACUAUGCUCUUCAAUUUCCAUGA